AUGGAUCACUUUGAGCACUCCGACGUCGGAUCCACAGUUUCUUAUCACAACAUGGAUCACAAUAUGCCUGGAAUGGAAGACAAAUGCUCCAUGAAUAUGCUUUUCACAUGGGAUUGGAAGAAUACUUGUAUUGUAUUCAAAUGGUGGCAUGUUAAGACAGAAAUAGGAUUUGUUUUAUCACUCCUUGCAAUUGUAUUAUUGGGCGCAUUAUACGAGUUCGUCAAAGCAUGGUUCAGUAAAUGGGAAAGGAAUGAAUUGGCAACAUUGGGUGCUUCCAAUGCUUCAACGAUAACACAGGAAAAACGAUUCAAAAUCAAAAGGGGAGUUUUGUAUGGUUUUCAAGUGAUUUACUCAUUCUGGUUAAUGUUAGUGUUUAUGACUUAUAAUGGAUGGUAUAUGUUAGCUGUUGGUGUUGGUGCUGGCUUAGGUAAUUGUAUAUGGGGGAGUUCCAGCGAAUCCAGCUCAUCUAGAAGCUUAUCAUGUCAUUAG